AAAUAAACAUUAAACAAUUUAAUUGAUAAUAUUUUUACCCAAUUAGUCCAAUUCAAUUUAUAGAUCCUUUAGAAUGUCCCAGUCAGCUCAACAGAGUAGCAUAAUUAAAUGCGGACUAUGUAAGAAGAAACACAAUCUGGUUACUAUAGAAGGAUGCAACCACUCAUUUUGUUUUGAGUGUAUAAGUGCACACAGUAAAAGUUCAACAAAAUGUCCCGAAUGUAAAAAUGAAAUAGUAAAAUGUAAAUACAGUGGUGGAGAAGAAAAAGAUUUAGAAAGUGACUAUGAUUAUUUUAUAAAUAGUGAAUUUUAUGAUGAUUAUGACGAAUACUAUGAUGAAUACUCUGACUCUGAUAGCGACAACAGUUAUGAUGAUGGCGAUGAAGACGAUUAUUACUAUGCUUUGAAAGGAAUCAACAAAAAUGAAAAACACUUAACUGAUCUUAAUCAAAUACAAGUAAACGAAGAUGGGCAAAUUGUAAUAAAAGAUAUUCCGAAAAAUGAAACCAAAAUUAAUAAUACUGUCACUGAUUUACCUAAUGAUGUAUAUUUAGACGAUUACUUUAGAAAUGUAGACCCAAAUAAAAAAAAGGAACUUUAUUAUAGAGAUGUUUUUGUUGAUAUCAGCUCUGAUGAGGAAGAUAGUGAAAAUAUCCUUAAAAAAAAAAGAAAACUAUCAAUAAAAUUCAAUAAUAAGAAAUAUACGUUUGACUAUGACGGAAAAACAAAAGAAGAAAUAUUAUAUUAUAAAACGAAAUCAGAAGAUGACUAUAUUUCACCAUUUAUAAAUCUAAAAGACAUCUCACUAUCAGAUGAUGACAAUGAUGAUGACGAAUUCAUAGACCAUGAGGAAGAUAAUCUUUAUAGCUCUGAUGAUGAUGAUGAAGAAGAAAAAGAAGAAAAAGAAGAAAAAAAAAAAGAAGAAGAAGAAACCACUAAAGAAUAUCAAUAUGCCACUGGAUUUAGGGCCUCACAAUUAAAAGCCAUUUUCGAAAGGGACUACUCUCAUGAAGAAUGUAUAGAUUUCAUAAAAAAUGAAAAAAAUUGUUUCAAUCCAAUGUACAAUGAAAUUAAAUACAAUUUCCACUGGUGCUAUCAUAGAUGUAUUUUAGUAGAUGAAUUUGUAACCAACAAACUAUCUGCAAACUCUGUAAACCUAUAUAACGAUAUCUCUCACCCAUUAAAAUCAACUCAAAAUCACCUUAUUUGCUACCAGUGGGACCUAUACCCAAAACAACAUAUUAGCCAAACAAAAAAAUUCUGCUGGGAAGCCAACCCUACCAAAAGGAAUAAAAACAAAAACAAUAAUAAUAAAAAAAAAAUCCCACAUGAUAUGAGCGCAAGUGACAAAGAAAAAUACAGCGAUUUCAUUAAAGUAUUAGAAAACAUAGGUGAUUUGGCUGAUAAAAAAUUUGGAAAAAAAAAUAAAAAUAAAAAUAAUAAUAACAAUACUACUAAUACUACUAAUACUACUAAUACUACUAAUAAUAAUAAUAAUAACAAUACUACUACUAAUAAUAAUAAUAAUAACGAUACUACUAUUAAUAAUAAUAAUAAUAAUCUUUAUAAUAAUAGUAGUUAUAAUAAUAAUAAUAAUAACAAUACCACUACUACUAAUAUUAAUAAUAAUAACAAUACUACUAUUAAUAAUAAUAAUAAUAAUCUUUAUAAUAAUAGUGAUUAUAAUAAUAGUAAUUAUAUAACAAAACUCAAAAACAAUACCAUUCAAACUCGACCACCAAGCAAUAUACCCGCCAAACCUGCACCACCCAUUGAUAAACCUGCUGCUGCACCACCCAUUAAUAAACCUGCUGCUGCACCACCCAUUGAUAAACCUGCUGCUUCACCAAACAAAAAUAACAAUCAACCAUCAGAAAAUGAAAACCAAGUACCUGUCGAUGAAAAUGUUGGUGCCUAUUUAACCGAUAUGCUAGAUGUUCCUCAUUGUAAACAAAAUUAA